AUGGCCAAACAUGUAACAGAUGGGUACCUCCGCAAUUGCACGCCUCCUGCCAUCGACGACUUUCCGGCGGGACUUUUCACGGAGCUGCAAAGACAACAUGGUGCCAUUGUACUUCAUGCGCUAAUCUCCAUCUACCUUUUUUUGGCGCUGGCAGUUGUCUGCGACAAGUUCUUCGUACCCGCAGUAGAUAGGAUAUGUACAGCUCUUAAUAUGACGAAUGACGUCGCUGGUGCUACAUUCAUGGCAGCAGCGACUUCAGCACCAGAGUUAUUUGUCAAUGUUAUUGGAACUUUUAUUACUGAGGGUGACAUAGGAGUUGGUACCAUCGUUGGGUCGGCUGUAUUCAAUAUUCUUGCAGUGGCUGCUUGUUGCGGUAUAGGAGCUGGGAUGGUAGUACCUUUGGAUUGGUGGCCAUUAACCAGGGACUGUCUCGCAUAUGGCAUCACUGUUUCUAUUUUGAUUUGUAUAAUGCAUGACGAAUAUGUACAAUGGUAUGAAGCCUUCUUCUUGGUUCUGCUGUAUGGAGUUUACAUUUGCAUUAUGUACUACGACAAAUCAAUUCAAAAUUUCGCUAAAGGGAGUUGGACGUGUGUGUCCAAUAUGUUAAAAAAAGACAGUGAAAAGCAAGAAACUCCUUCCUCUUUGGAAAAUGAAAAUAAGGAAAAAAAGUCAACAUCUUCCAUUAAGAAUGAAUCAUUAGUAGAGCAUCACCAACAUAAUGGUAAUGUCAAAAACAUAACUCUUUAUGCAGAUACAAAUGAAAAGAAAAAUGUUAUUGAUACUGAACUCCAAAUUGACAAAGCUAAAAUUGAAGAAACAAACGAGGAGGAACACAGGAUUAGUAAUAUGGAAAUAGCUACACCUGAAGAUGGAAAUCGUGAAAACAUUGAACAAGGGAACAAAGAAUCGAUAGAUGAGUAUGAACACUCUCUGUGGAAAUGGCCAUCAGGAAGAAGUAAUCUCACAAAGAUAACAUGGAUUAUUACAUGGCCGAUACAUCUCGUCUUUUUCUUUACGAUUCCAGAUUGUGAGAAACCGCGAUUUAAGAAUUGGUUUCCUUUAACUUUUAUUAUGUGUAUAGUUUGGAUAGGCUCACUUUCAUACAUCGUAGCUUGGAUGAUAACUAUAAUUGGUGAUACCUUAAUGAUACCAGAUUCAGUUAUGGGAAUAACAUUUUUAGCAGCGGGUACAUCAGUACCCGAAGCAGUAUCAAGUGUUAUAGUUGCAAAACAAGGACAUGGCUCAAUGGGCAUAAGUAAUUCGAUUGGAUCAAACACGUUUGAUAUUCUUCUGUGUCUAGGUCUACCGUGGCUUAUUAAAGCUUCAUUGACACCCGCUGAACCUGGUCAUUACUGGGUGAAGAUAAACUCUAUGGGUCUUGAGUAUUCGGCGAUAUCGCUGCUAUCAACUUUGUUGCUGCUUUACCUUACGUUUUGGUUCAACAAGUUUAAGCUAGAUGCAGCUGUUGGAAGGGCUUGUUUAGCCAUGUAUGCCAUGUUCUUAGUUCUUGCUACUCUUAUCGAGUUAAAUGUUUUCUUCCCUGUAAAUGUUCGUACUUGCAGGAGAAAUGAAUUAAAAUCUUAA